UUGUCAGUUUUUGGGGGCGGAGCUUCAUGGCAGUUCUUGGGGGCGGAGCUUCAUGGCAGUUCCUGGGGGCGGAGCUUCAUCACAGCUGCUCUUAAACAAACCAAGUACAGCUGGCGCUGUUUAUAUCAACACGACCUCCGUGGAGUUACCUGAAGGAGACUUGAAGCAGCGACGAAGCUGAAGUGCAGGUUAAAGUUAAAGCAGACACACAUGGAUGUCAGGAGAAGAAAGCCCAGUGAUGUUGCCCACCUCCGUCUGCUCGCUCUCUGCUCCGAAUAGUUACGUCAGCCUGCWGAGCACGCGCUGCAGCGGCCCCGAGGAGGACGAUGAGACCAUGAGCUCAGAGGAGCGACAAGCCAGCCUGGUCCACAAGCUGGGGGGCUGCCCCCACCUCUCCGAGCGCAGCACGGUCUCCGACAGCUCCGCGUGCAGCAGUCACAGGUGGGACGGAGGCCAGGAGGGCCCGCCAGCUCCGAACAGCUCCAGCUUCUGCUCGUCGCGGCCCCCACACAGCCUGCUGCCCGGAUACAGCCAGCCCACUCCAUUCCCCAGCCAGGCCAGCUGGCUCCACCAGAGCAUGAACAGCAGCUGGUCGGGGUAUCCCACCAGCCUGCCGUCCUGCCUGACCCACAAGAACAACCCCGCCUUCUCCGAGGAGGUCUGCCUGUCCAGGUACAAGUCCCUGUCCCUCCCCAGCCAGCACGCCACCAACGUGAUGAGCCUGGAACAGCCGCUGUCCCUGCACUCCAACCCGCCCUCGGCCGAGCUGUACCACCACACCCUGUCUCCGUACUCCAGUCCUGGUCAGGGUCCUGCGUGUUGCGCUCAGUGUCCUGCUGAGGCGUUCAGCAGGAGGCUCGUGGCCCACAAGCACACCUGGACUCAGUACGGUCCAUCCUUCGGCCCCUACUAUCCAGGAGACUGUGGACUUCCUGCAGCUGGAUUCCCAGAGUUUGGUCCCAACGCUCCGGUCAAAGAUAGACACCUGAGGUACAGCACGCCUCUCUCUGUGGAGCAACGGAGGGUCUUUGUCACAUAUGCAGCAGACAGCGACAAACACGUCAAUGAGAUCAUCAACUUUGUGGCUCUGCUGCGACACAACGGCUUUGAUACUCACAAAGAGUACUUGAUCAUCAUCAUCAUCAGUCCCAAGUACUACGAGACGGUGACGGCCUCCCCGUUUGAGCUGGAGAACGAUGACAGGACCCUCAACACGGUUUAUAUUCACAAGCAGCUUCAGAGUGAAUUCAUCCAGAAUGGAAGCAAGAACUUCAGGUUCAUUCCUAUCCUGUUUCCUGGGGCUAAAAAGUGUCACGUUCCUAACUGGCUUCAGAACACUCACGUCUACGCUUGGCCUCGAGAUCGAGACGACAUUCUGCGGCGGCUGAUGAGGGUGGAGAAAUACAACCCACCCCCCAUCGGUGAACUUCCAACCAUCGUCUCCAUCCCUAUCUGGAAAACUGACCUGAGGUCAGAGGUGGGCCUGAAACCUGAAGGCAGCGUCCCAGAGAGCUGUGGCUUGCAGCCGAGGUGAACAGGAAUGGGUUCACUUUAUUUUUGAGUUAUUAAUUAUUUUUUUAAUGAGUGACUUUUCUUCCCAGGAUGCGCUUUUUAAUUUCUCUUUUAAUCAGAACUCACAGAAAAGUGUUGUAGCAAAUGUGAUGAUGGAGUUCGAAGAGAAACUCACCUGUUUUUAGUUUUUCAUCUUAUUUUUGUAGAGUUUUAUAUUUCAACUCUACGCACACGAUGUUUUAACGGUGCUUUUAGACUUUUAUGUUUAAAAACAGUUGUGCAUCAAUCAGUUGUACAUUUUGAUCGUUUCAUACCUGAGAUUUUACACAUUUUACCAGGAGUGUGUUUAGUUAGUUAAAACUUGUGAUGAAUCUGAAUGUAGAUUUUACAGUUUGACAUAUUUCAUCUUAAUUCCUGAGCUGAUUGAUUUUAAACAGCUGUAAACUGCACUGAACUGCUGUUUUAUUGGUUAUAAAAUGUUUCUGUAAGACAAGUAUUCAUGUUUAGAUCGAACAAAGAUUUUCUUCAGUCAACCUCUUUUGUUACUUUUUCCUUCAUCUUACUGAUUAACAAAAACAAGAUCACUGUCA